AUGAGGGAGGACACUCCCGAGGUCGUCAACUCCCCUGCCGACACAAUCAUCAUGGACAUGGAGCUCGACCGACAAUCGUCGCACACCGUAGAAGCUGCCACUAGUGGCCCCUCGGAUCCAGAGUGGAGGGAAUCGGCAUCUCCUAUGCUGCAUGCUACUUGGACCUCGACCACGACCGCCAUGGCCAAGUGCGACUUCUGCCAGCGUGGUAACCGAGGAACUCUUCAGCAGUGUCGCGAUUGUGGUCUUUCCAUUUGCCAAGAGUGCUUUGACGCCGGGCGACUGGAUCGUCGUCACCAACUCGAUGCCGACCGUGUUGAUUGGAAUCAGCACAACAAGAAUGGCCGACAGUUGAAGAAGAUGCCCCCGAGAGCGAGACCUAGAUUCUCCAGUUCUUCGGCAGCCUUCCCAGCGGGAACCUCAGCAUUGCCACAGUCUCAAGAGAGAGGACAGUCCGGGGGAGUUACUCCUCGCGACACGGCAUCACCAUCGAACUCCGCACCCUCUACCCCCGAAAGAUCCAGUUUUGGAGAGAGGUUUGAUCGCACUCCUCGGGGUGAGCGUGGCAGGCCUGUCACAGUUGGGGACUACCAGGGGAACAAUGGAUAUGCCUCUAUCCAGCCUCAUUUUUCGUCUGCCGUCGAACAGACAGAGACAGAGAAUAAUUGGAAUUAUCGAUUCAGCCAACCACCAGGUCAACACCGAGGGUAUCUUAAUGGUUCUUCCAGUUAUCACGACGUUGCUCUCGCAAGCAGCGAGGACCCAUCCUCAUGGAACAAUGCUUUCAGCCAGCCUCCGGCUCAACAUCAACAGGAUCAUCAGGGUUCUUCUGCCUACCAUAGCUCCGCUCCCGCAACUGCUGAGAACCCAAACUCGUGGAACGACAUGUUCGACCAGCCCCAAACUGGACACCGGUAUGAUCAAAUGCAGUCUUCCCAGAAUAGCUCUGCUUCCUCAGACCAUAGCGAAUGGCGUCAGUCAACUCAAUCUUCCUCUGCGUAUAACGUCAACCAACAUGCGUAUCAUGACCAGCAGCAGCCCACGGCCAACCUUCCGAUGCCCUCGCACCAGGCUUCGUCCAGCAGCUGGCAACCACAUAGCUCCCCAUACACGCCUGCCUCGGGGUCUGGCCUGUAUUACCCGGACCUCUCCAACUAUGCUCUUGUUUCUAUAGCUGUGGCCCCGGCAUCGUUCCCACAAUCCCCCAGUCGGGCACGCUCUACUCCAAGAGUCUUGCCUGACAUGGACAUGCCAUUCUUCAUGUCUCCUUACGCUCUUCAGCACGAGCCAGCAGGACCUCCACGACGAUACGAGGACUAUUUUAAUCUCCAUUAA